AGGCGCCAAAUUUUCUUUCGUCUGCCCGAUUUUCUCUCGACAAGUUCUAGAUCUACCAGUCUAUCGCGCGCGCUUUUACAGUCAAGACGUCCGUCUUCCAAGUCACGUAAACGAUGGCUGAUACUGGAGUUGUGGAAUUAACUUCUCAAGAGCAGUUUGACUCAUUUGUAAAAAAUCCCAAACUCGUGGUGAUUCACUUUUUUGCCGAUUGGGCUUCAGAAUGCCAACCGAUGAACGAGGUUCUAGAAGCCUUGUCGAAAGAACAAGAGCUAAAGGGGGUCUUGUUUGCUAAAAUUCCUGCGGAAAAUUUCCCCAAAAUUUCUAUGCAAUGCAAGAUUUCAGCUGUCCCAACAUUCCUUUUCUAUCUCUCGGGAAAGUUAGUUGAUCGUCUCGAUGGUGCCAAUGCAGCCAAACUGACUCAGAUGGUUAAAAACAAUAAUGCUAAAGCACAAACUCUUGAGGCUGCUUCUGCACCUGUCUUGCCAGGAGAUGUCAAGCCUGUGGAGGUUGCUGUAACUACCAAAGCAACUAGUGGAAGCUCUGACGAAAUUCUGAAAAAGUUGAUUAACCAAGCACAGGUCAUGUUGUUCAUGAAGGGGAAUGCUGAGAAUCCCCAGUGUGGAUUUAGUAGGCAAGCUGUAGCUUUGCUGAAAGAACUUAAAGCUGAAUUUGGUACUUUUGACAUUUUCACUGAUGAGAAAGUAAGACAAGAUUUAAAGACGUACUCCAACUGGCCAACAUAUCCUCAGCUUUACAUCAAUGGUGAAUUGAUUGGUGGGCUAGAUAUUAUGAAGGAAAUGGCGGCCAGUGGGGAUUUGGCAGAAAUGUUGCCCAAGAAUACGCAGAAAGCUGGCACUUUGGAAGAACGUUUGAAGCAGCUAACCCAUAAGGCAUCACUAAUGGCCUUCGUCAAAGGCGACCGCAACGUUCCCAAAUGUGGAUUCUCCCGCCAAUUAAUCGAGAUUCUCAACGAAACCAAGUUGCCGUUUGAAACUUUUGACAUCUUGACUGACGAGGAUGUGAGACAGGGCUUAAAAACGUUCUCCAACUGGCCCACGUACCCUCAAGUUUACGUAAAGGGCAACCUCGUUGGUGGUUUGGACAUAAUCAAAGAAUUGCGUGAGGGUGGCGAACUCCUGUCAACAUUAAAGGGAGAGUAGAACAACUCAUCGCCGCUUUAAAAAACAUUUUUGAUGGUUUGUUGUGUUCUAGCUACGCUUCAAUAUAACAGGUCCGUCGCGAG